AUGGAUAUCCGACAUCUUCAAAGUAUCUUGGCAGAAGCCAAGGCUGCUCUAGAUUCAUAUGGAUCUAAUCAAUCCGACAGCUUUCGAGUUGAAGCACAGGAAAAGGCCGUGCAACUGGCGCGUGCAUUGGAACGACCCAAGGAUGCAAUCCUCAAGUUAUCCUUUUCCCCGAUCAUUCUCAUGGCCGUCAAGACGGCCCAUGAUAUGAAUGUAUUCCCCGUGCUAGCUCAGGCUACGGCCCCAGUGCCUCUGGCCGAACUGGCCGCAGCAAAGCCGGCAGACCCUCUUCUAGUCGAGCGCAUCAUGCGAGUUCUAGUCGCCAACGGCUUCGUAGAAGAGCCAGCUCCCAGCGAAUAUCUCCCCACCGCGCUCUCCCGUGAAAUGACCCAGCGCACAUCAAUCGGAGUCGUGGGAUCACUGUUCCAUGAAUUCCUGCCCUCAGUGCAGAAGGUCCCCGAAUAUCUCCACUCUACCAAUUAUCGCAACCCAGAUGAUCCAAUGUUCGCCCCUCUACAAUACACGCACGAUCUGCAGAUCGACGGAUUCACAUGGCUGUGCAAGAACCCAGAAGCUUUGACUCGGUUCAAUAGCUUCAUGGAAGGACAGCGGGCUGACCGUCCACACUGGGCGGACUGGUUCCCUGUUCGUGAACAACUUCUUGAUCACCCGGACAUAAGUGCCGACACACCACUUUUGGUAGACCUUGGGGCUGGUCGUGGCCCUGAUCUAAUUGGAUUUAGGAAGAGAUUCCCGGAUGCACCAGGUAGACUGGUAUUGGAGGAUCUUUCAUCUGUGAUUGAUGAAGUGCGUGGGGCACAGGAUCUAGAGGCGGCUUCUAUUGAUACUGUUGCACAUGAUUUCUUUGCAGAGGUCCAGCCUGUUCAAGGGGCAAGGGCGUACUAUUUCAAGAACGUGUUGCAUGACUGGUCUGAUGAGAAAGCGACCAUUAUCUUUAACAACCUAAAGCCGGCUAUGAAGCGAGGGUUCUCCAGGGUUAUUAUGGAGGAGUAUAUUCUUCCUGAUCAGAAUGCUCGAUCGCUUCCUUGUAUGACAGAUAUCGCGGUGAUGGUUUUCUGCUCGGGAUUGGAGAGAACUCGUCAGCGUUGGAGUAAUCUCCUUACAUCUGUUGGUUUGCGAGUCAUCAAAUUUUGGGUGCGUGAGGGUGAUGGGUUGGGAAUUAUUGAGGCCGAAUUGGCAGAGAGUUCCUAA